AUGCGUCCACCAGAGUUUGAGUAUGGUGGUGGCAUCUCGCCAGAUUCAGAAGAGGAUUCCAUGUCCGAAUUACUGCAAAAUGUCAUCAAUGAACGGAAUUCACUUCGAGCUCAGAACGAUCAACUGUGGAAAAUCAUUGAAAAGCAGAGACUCAUGAUUCAACAAUUACAGCAGCAGCAGCAAAAUGAGUCGGGAGAGCCGAAAUCUUCGUUCGAGUUGAAGGAUUCUGGAGCAUUACGGACAAUACGUGAACGUAAAUCAAAUUCAGAUACAAGGGAAUCCCAACGUGCUGCUUCGGAACGUGGGCCAGUGCCACCUAUAGCAUCCAGUCAGGCCCGAAAGUCAUCGAUUGACAAUGUUGCAAAUAGUCUGUCAGUGCGGCCGGGCUCAACACGACGAACGAGGGCAUCAUCUGUGUCGUCGUCGCAGGAAAGACCUGUAGUGCUGCCACCGUUAACGGGAUCCACCAGCAAUGUCAGAAAGAGGUCGUCGUCUGAUUUAGGUACAACAUCACGACCCACGUCUGCACCAGGUGUUGGAAGGUUACGGGGCAGCAGUAAUGAACUCGAUGAGUUAGAAUCUAGGGGCCCUUCACGACCUGCCACGAGCCGAAACUCACGAAUAGCACCGCUAUUACCGCAACCACAACCACCAUCCAAACGACGUAGCUCUAUAGAGUCGCCAAGACAUAAAGACAGGCCGCAGAGCUCAGAAGGUCUGAAACUGUCGACGUCCGAAGUGUCUCAGCAUCGAAGGGUGCUUUCGUCGGAUAGUAGAGGAGACAAGAUGGUACGAACACAGUCUGCUAGCUCUACUGACACUGACAGCCCCGAAACGCCGAUGGACGUUGCGAGACAUAAUCGGGACUCUUCGCGGGAAGAACAACUAUCAACUGCCAGAGAAUCUGCAUAUAAUAGUAUUGGCAGAGAAUCCACGCAGAGCAGAACAUCCGCGAAGCGACCGCACAAGAGAUCCACGUCUGAAGAUCAAGGACGUAGACGGUCAAAACGAGAAGAUUCAGAAAGUGAUGUGCCCGACGUGCCUGAAAAGGAACCAUAUAUGACUCCAUCUGGAUCACGAACCUUCCCCAAAACCAUCGAACGAGAACCCAUACCGCCAAUCCAACCAUCAUCGCAACCAUCCACCCGUAAGCAAAACAAACGCCAAACAUCAAACUCUUCAACCCAUUCCCAGGAAGAGCAAAUAACACUAGUCGCCAAACAACAGGCUUCAGAUCCAGUUCUUACAGAAUCACCAACAAAACCUGAACGAUUGUCAGGAGAUGCGAAAGCCAAAGAGCUGGGUUCUAUGGAUGUUUUCGCCCGUGUUGGUGUAUUAGAAGCGUUGGGUGGAUUUGAAGUUGCGGUAGUAGGAUUUAAUCUGGCGGCUGCUGUGGAUGGGUCUGAUACCUCGUUUGUUAUAUCUGUGAUUAAAUUGAGUGCUAAACCGGGUAGUAAACCUGGCGGAGAGCUGUGGAGGAUAACAAAGAGUUUGGCAGAGUUGGUUGAUUUUGACAUUACGUUACGAAAUUUGGAUGGAGCACCCAACUUUAGCAAGCUGAAUGAAAAAUUGAUUUCGUCAAGUCUGUUAUCGCCACUAAAGAUAGAUGAACGAAAGAUGGCUGUCGAGUUGUAUUUAAAGACAGUUAUCGCAAGUUUCACUAGUGCUUUAUGCGUGUUAGAGUUCUUCUCUUCUGACGUUGAAGAUAGACGAAAGAGGCGAGACAGCAUGGGCCCCGCAGUGCACAAGGCUGGUUACUUGUUCAAGAAGGGCAAAAACUUUGGCGCUUGGAAGACACGAUACUUUGUCUUGAUGGACAAUACCCUCCACUACUCUGAAUCAAAAGACUCUCCAAAAGCAGUAUCAAUACGCCUCGACAAGUGCACUGCGAUUUCCACACAGAGUGGAUCAUCAAGUAAACUCAACAAUACUUCUGAAUCCGAUUAUCGACAUGCCUUCACCCUGAUCGAGUUUAAGGACGGUGCAUCAAUAGGAUCUAUAAACUCAGAAGAUCGGGUCAACACCAAAACGGUUCUUUGUGCUGAGAGUGACGAAGAAAGAGACGACUGGGUGUCGCUGAUUUCAAGACAGAUAAGUCUAUUAAGAGCUGCCGAAUCAGCUACCGAAAAGAGUUCAGAAAAGAGUAGCUCGAAUUCAGAAUUGAAACGGCCCAAGACUAUAAGUCGCAAAUCUGGCGAAACUUUGGGCAAAAAAGCUGCAGCAACCUUCUCCAAAGCCCGAUUCCGCAGAAUGAAGGGUGUUGAUGCUGAGGAAAUGGCCGCCAGCGAAUCAGACGAAGAAAUAAAUAGCGCACCUGCAUUACCACAACGGCCACAAACUGCUAAACAGGCUUCAGCAGCAUCCAUGGAUUCCGUGAAUUCAGGGUCUGAGCAACAGCCGUUGAAACCUGCUGCUUCAUCAAGUCUUGGUCGUGGAAGUCUCGGUCGUAAACUGGGAGUGAGCACGUCAACGGGCACUUUGUCAAAGCUUCACGCCGUUGAAACGAAUAAUAAUAGUGAAGAUGGUCUUAAUGGCAGGAAACUAGACGAUGACAGCCCGAAACGAAAACAAGGCACCUUGGGCUCUAGCUCUAAACUCAUAGCCUCAUUCUUGAAUCUCAAGAGACGGCCUUCGAUAGCCGGGAUAUUUGGAACCAGUUCAUCGCACAACAAUUCUCAGGAAUCGUUGGCAUCCAAUACCUCUUCAUCCGCAAAAUCGAAAGCCUGCUUUAAUGUUUCGCUGGAAGAAGCAUUGGAAGCUGCUCAUCGUGUCGACAAGGCUGCUGAAUUACCUGCUGUGGUAUUCCGAACCAUCGAGUAUCUGAAUGCUAAAGGUGGAUUGACUGAAGAGGGCAUUUAUCGAUUGUCGGGAAGCUCGGCAGUUAUACAGGGUCUCAAGGAACGGUUCGAUACGGAGGGUGAUGUGGACUUGUUAGGAAAUGGUGAAUUCCAUGAUGUGCAUGCUAUUUCGGGAUUGCUCAAGCUUUGGUUGAGAGAGUUGACGACACCCAUCUUGACAAAGGAGUUGCAGCCAGAGUUCUUACGGGUCAUUGAGCUAGCAGACAAGGAAGAGAGACUCAACGAGCUAUACAACUUGGUCCGAAUGCUGCCCCGAGGCAAUCGCAAACUUUUACGAGCCCUGAUAAAACAUUUGGUCCAAGUGGUUGAAAACGCAUCGUCAAACAAGAUGAAUCCACGCAACAUUGGAAUUGUCUUUGCACCUACACUAGGUGUCCCAGCACCAGUGUUCACCAACAUGAUGACUGAUUUCAAUUCAAUUUUCGGUGAACGAAGUGAUUCUAUUGAUGCCACUCCCUCACGAAAACACCCAUCCGCAUCCGCCAGAGCUGAACCACUCGAUCGAGCUAUGGGAGUAACACGUGUUGGCCAGUCGAUUGAUAGUAUGGCUGGCACGAAUUCUAUCGUUACGGGAACUACGGGUUCAACUGAUGCAAUCGACAAUCCUGAAGAUGGAGGUGCAAGACGAAGAACGACAAACACCAAACGCAGUCGAAGAGAAAGGACGAUUGUAUUGAAUGAUGAGUCUGCUCAAGCUAUUACUGAGUCGAUAGACCAAAUGGCUCGUGACGCGCAUCAAAUGCCUCAGAAUCCUGCUAUUAACGUUAGUAGUCACGAGAAUACUCCACCGGCUGAACGGAGACGUACUGUGGAUCCUGGAAAUCGAAAGAGUAGUAAUAGGCAUUCUACCAUUCUCUAUAAUGGUGACGCCGAUCCAACAACCCUCCUAACACAAUUCGCAGCCAACGAUCUUCCAACUGAUGGAGUCCUUCAUGGAAGCCAACUUCACCAAGAGCCUGCAUCAAACGAUGCUCCAACCAACACUACCAACCUUUCCAAUGAAAGAUGCGGAAACAAUAGUCUGGAUCGCUCACCGCGUUCAUCGCAACGUGCUUUUACCUCUGAUACCGAUGUGCUAGUUGAAGGCCGUGAAGACGAAGAACAACAACAUACUGACUCUCGAAACCAGGAAAAGGAGAAUGAAGAGACAUCGCCUGCUGCUAAUGGAAAUGAUGAUGCAGAAAUGGGGUCGAGAUCUAGUUUCGAUUAUUAG